AUGAUGCAACACUUCACCUUCGUUGUGUAUUACAUUGACAGUGUAAUAUUUCAGAAGGAUCCCGACGGUCUUCGUUUUCAUCGUGCGCAGACUCACCAGGCACUUCUUCGGCAAGUAUGGACGGUGAACCAGCAAGAAAACAAGUGAGU